AUUGGUACUGACAACGACGUGAGCCCGGUCCAGGAGCAUUGGCGUGAGAUGGGCUUGGCCGGAACAAUGUCCCAGCUAUAACGCCGUCAUUACUUGGCGUGUAUAACUUCAUAACCAAAUGUAAAUGCAGUUUCAUAAAUAUAUCCAUCUGCGCUUCUGCUGAGGACGCCAAAGAAUCUCAGUGUUCAGUAUGGCAGGCUGUGGAGAAGUGGACUGCUCAGUGAAUGCCCUUGCCCCCUCCAAGCUGAUAGAGGACGUAGGUGAUACUUGUGCUGCGGACCCUUCCACUUCCACCAGCACCCCAGAGUGUGCCAUCUGCCUGCAGAGCUGCAUCCACCCCGUACGCCUCCCAUGUUGCCACGUCUUCUGUUUCCUGUGUGUGAAAGGUGCCUCCUGGCACAGCAAGCGCUGUGCUCUCUGCCGACAAGAAAUCCCAGAGGACUUCCUGGAGCGGCCGGUUCUCCUCUCACCUGAUGAACUGAAAGCAGCAGCUGCGGGAGUGAGCCGGAGUGUAGGGUCAGGGGCCGUUUCUUGUGGAGACUUUGUAUGGUACUAUGAGGGCCGCAACGGCUGGUGGCAGUAUGAUGAGAGGACCAGCCGUGAGUUGGAGGAGGCCUUCUCUAAGGGCAGUAAGAGCACGGAGAUGCUGAUUGCAGGGUUCCUUUAUGUGGCUGACCUUGAGAACAUGGUGCAGUAUCGCCGGAAUGAGCAUGGCCGCAGACGCAAGAUAAAACGCGAUGUUGUAGAUAUCCCCAAGAAGGGAGUCGCGGGACUGAGGUUAGAUCCUGAACCUGUCCCAAUUCCUGCAUUACCAGUCGUCACCCCAGUUGCAACAGAACGCAUCAGCUCAGCUGAUGGAUCAGACACUGCAGGCCAAUCACAGUCUUCUUCCUUUGGGAUUAUGGUGUCUCUUCCCCCCGUUAGACCUCCAACACUCCUGGGCCGCCAUCUUACCAGUCCCCUUUCUCCUUCACCCUCAACCCUGGAAGAGUCUUUCUCCCAGCUCCUAAUCAGCCAGCCAGAGGGUGAAGAGGUUGAAGGAGACGAUGAGCCACAGACGUAUGAGUAUGCAUCCGGCAGCAGUGAGAGCGAGGAGGAAAGGGAGUGCGAGGGAGAGGAAUCGAUGCCACGGAGAAGACAUAGGCAAAGAACGCUAAGAGAGAGGCAGCCAGCCAGAAUGCCUCCAAGGGGGGGGGCCUCCAGCUCUGCACUCAGUCUCCGCUCACGUAGUCCUGAUGGACAGUGCACUGUGACAGAAGUGUGACUACAACUGGACUGUGGUAUCUGUUCUACAGACAACAGUUCUUAAAUCUUUAUCAGUUCGGCAAAAAAGUAUAAAACCCUGUAUGCAUCUUUAAAGGUCCCAUGAAAUGAAAAAUGCCUUUGUUUUGUUGUCACUUGUGUCACUAGGUGUGUUUUUCCCCCACUCAUCAUGUGCCAAAUAUGAUCCUAAAAUGCAGUUGACCUGCGUUUAUAUCAGAAUAUUCUUGGACUAUUCAAAGAUCUCCAACCAGUUGAAUCCAGUCUUAAUUUUGCGUGGGAUCCGGUCAUCCCUUUGGUCCAAACCUGCAGGUCUGCAAAGGUAACUAAAGCAGUGGCAGCAAUGACAUGAGUCACAGCUGUGUACUUGGAUGUUGGCCUGCAAAAACAUCAUUGACAGCUGUCUCCACUGCUAACGUAUAUUUUCUUACCACUGGGAUAAAGUCAUGUCUCACAUCUGUGUUGAUCUCCACCCCGUAUUGGGUUUCAUGCAGAAAUGCCUAAAACCACUGAAAAAGUGACAAGCCAUUUCAAGGGACCUUUAAUGCGUGAAUGAAGCCUUUUGUUGAAGAAAAGUUAGUUUCACCCAGCAAUAUACUGUAAUGGUAGUUAUGCAUUGCUCUCAGCGACAGGUUAUGUGAAGUAUAAGAAGUCUGGCAACAAAACUACCAUCUGUCACUGCCCUCUACAUCAGCCAGUGACAUAGCAAUACAACCUCUUUGAAAUGAAACUACACCUCUUUGUCCUGAUCUUUUGAGCUCAUGGUUAACGUGGCUGAUAUUUUUGUAUGUUUCUUUCUCUCUCUCUCUCUAGGAGUGAUGGUGUAAAAUUCAAGCUGAAAUGUAGCACCCUAUGUACCAGUUACAGAGGGUUAAACUUGCUUGCUUCCGGCUUUGCUGAUGAGGUUUUUUGAAGUUAAGAAGUUGUAAUCAGGACCUAAUUAAUAACUAUUUAAACUGGAGUUUGUGUGUGUAGGUUUGUGUGCGUGCGUGCGUGAGCGUCUGUGCAUACCGAAUGUUUCAGCGUUUGAGGGGGAGGCGGGCUGUAUUCCCUCUAUUUUAGUGUAAAAGUCUUUUAAUAAUGCUGCGUGUUUGUGUUGUUUUGAGCGGUGUUGGGUGCUGAAAAGCUAUUGGCAGAACCACUGGAAAGUAUUAGGCUAUGUAUGUCGAGACAAAUUUGGAUUUCUAUUUCUUGUCAUAGUACUCUUGAUAGGACUACUAUCAGAGCACUGGCAUUGACAUGUACUUGGACAAACUCUCUCUGUCCUCAUAUAGUCUUUUUCUUUCCUUUUUGCUCCAGCUGCUAUUAUUAUUUUAACUGUCAACUUUUCACUGUUUGUGUCUUACUAUCUGAAUCACCUAAAACAAAUGUCUGUCUGUGUGCUGUAGCUGUGGUGUUUUGUCAAGUUAUUAAAGGUGUUUAUCUAUGAU